AUGGGACGCAAUGGCUACUACCGGUAUGUCACGGGAGCCGAAGCCAACACUCACUUUUGGCAGGUUCCGGAAGGGCAGCUGAUCAACUUUACCCACGUGUUCCACUUUCUCGCGGUAUCAUCUCUCGAUAUGGCCGCAGCAGAAUCGGCAAGUUUGAUAGGUCACCUGCAGCACGUUGUUAUUGCACAGUCAGACGUCGUUGCUGCUAUUUUGCGCAUUCAGCUGCCCACGGUGUAUCCGUUGUCGUCUCUGGACCAGUUGAAUUCCGCUUUUCGCAUUCUAUCGGCAUUGAGCGAAUCUGGGCAGCAAUGCGAACUCUUGCAUUCUUGGGAAUCCCAGCUGCUUGCCGUAGUGUUGCUCCGAAAUCCAGU